GCAUUUUCAUUGGUGCUUUGUUUUAAAACCCCACAUACCUCCAGCCAAUCAGAUAAGGAAAACACAGGCCUACGUGCCUGCGUUGCUGGGUAGAUCAAACAAAAACAGUGUUUGUGUCAGAGUUUGAAGCUUGGACACAGCAGACGGUAUCAUUAGAAAUUUAAUUUGCACGCUGUUUUGCUGCAAAAUCUCUUUUUCUAUUUUAAAACAUGGCAACUGACUGCGAGGCCUGGCUGAACGCAAACCCCGUUGAGGCGGAGGACCUGAGUGACUCCUUUGUGUCUGGAGAUGAAGACAAUGGAAGAUUGGUCAUCUCCAACAAACAUAUCAACAAUGAGAUCAACGGCAACUGGCUAUCCUCAUCUAGCAACAGCAUCCAUGAAGCACGCCUCAAGGCGAAGGCCAAGAGGCGGCUGAGAAAGAACUCUUCCAAGGACUCUGGCAGGGGGGACUCUCUCAGUGACAACGGGGAUGUGGUCAAGGGAACCUUGGUGGCACCCACCAGCCCCAAGAGCAAGCUGUUGGACAGAAAGUCCCGAUUGGGAAAGGGCAGAGGUCUGCCAAAGAAAGGGUUUGACAUCAUGUUAAGAGACCCUCAUGCACUCAAAAGCUGCCACUUUUGUUACAAAACAACUCAUGUUUCAGGUGGGGCUGGAGGGAAAGGUGUGUGGGGCCGAUCUGGUGAAGUUUAUGAAAAGGAGGAGGUAGAUGAGAAAGACCCCAACUAUGAUGAAGCUCAGGAAAACUGUGUGUAUGAGACUGUGGUUCCCCCGCUGGAUGAGGGGAACUUUGAGAAGACAGUCAUCCCCAUAGUGCAAGAGUACUUUGAACAUGGAGACACGAAUGAAGUAGCGGAGCUGCUUGAAGGACUGAACCUGGGACCCAUGCGGAGUGAGGUGCCCUCGCUGGCUGUGUCGCUGGCCCUGGAGGCCAAAACCAGCCACCGGGAGCUCACCUCCAGGCUGCUGGCUGACCUGUGUGGGCCUGUUCUGUCCCGCAGCGACAUGGAAAAGUCCUUCGACAAACUGCUUCGAGAGCUGCCCGAACUGGUCCUGGAUACACCAGGAGCCCCGCAGUUGGUGGGACAAUUCAUUGCACGUGCGGUUAGCGACCAGAUAUUGUCCAGGAGCUACAUCGAGGGCUACAAAGGCAGAGUUGACUGUGAAUACACAAGGGCAGCACUAGACCGGGCAACAGUGCUGCUGAAGAUGAGUAUGGGUGGCUUACGCAUUGACAACCAGUGGGGGACAGGCGGGGGCCAGAGACCGGUCACACAGCUCAUCAAAGAGGUGAACCUGCUGCUGAAGGAGUACAUCCUGUCUGGAGACUGCAAGGAGGCUGAGAGAUGCCUGAAAGAUCUGGAAGUUCCCCAUUUCCACCACGAGAUUGUCUAUGAGGCAAUAGUGAUGGUGCUGGAGUCCAAAGGAGAGAAAACAUUCAAAAUGGUUCUGCAGCUACUGAAGUCUCUCUCUGCGUCCUCGGUCAUCACUGUGGACCAAAUGAGAAGGGGCUAUGAAAGAGUUUAUAUGGAUAUUGCUGAAAUCAACAUUGAUGUCCCUCGAGCAUACUUCAUCCUGGAGCAGUUUGUUGAUAAGAGCUUUAGUAUGGGAAUCAUUGAUGUAAAGUUAAGAGAUCUUUGUCCCUGUCGGGGCCGGAAGAGAUUUGUCAGCGAGGGAGAUGGUGGCGUUGUCAAACUUGAAAGCUACUGAGGAGCCCUUUUCAUGUGCCAGAUUUCUUGAAAAGAAGAGGAUAAAGCUACUUUUUUUACUUUCAUAUUUUUCAAAAUAGCUGGAUACAAUUUUCCCCUUUCUAACAGUCAAAAGAAUGUACAUUUCUGAAGUUGAGGUGGGGUAAAAAAAACAAAAACAAACUAAAAAUGCACUUUCGAUUGAAACUCAAGUAUCACGUUCUCCAAAGUGUUUCAAUAUAAAUAUUUGCAUAAGCUAACCCUUAAAGUGCCACACCCCUCAGUGUCAGUCAUUCCAUGUUGUUUUGUACAGUAUUUUCUUGAUUUUACUGCCACUCCUUUUGUGUUUUCUUGAAAGCAGUGUUUGUACAGAGAUGACUGGUUUUGUGUCAAGAGCUUUAUAAAGGGGUAUUAAAAAAAGUUGGUUAAACACAAUACUGGCUCCCUAACUAGCUGCUGUUUCUAUGCUGUGCUUGACUUUUUUUCUUUUUACCCUUAAAAUUACACAAAGAUGUCAUUAUUGACGGUAUCAAGACAUGAGUACAGUGCAAAAACAAAUACCAGUCGGGUAACUUCACAAAAUGGUGUUUAGAGUGUUUAUUUUUAUAUCUGGGGAAUACUGGUGUGUGAAAUGUACCAUGUAUUGCUCCUUGUUUGUUCAUUAAAUCACUAUUAAAUAA